AUGCAAUAAUAAUCAAUAUCAGAUUUCGAUAAUCUUGAACAAGAACAUUAGUUGAUCGAUUAAGUUAAUCAGAAGUCAAAAUCAGCAAAGUUUAAAUAGUAUAAAUAGGGAUAAUAUUAUGGAGACAUUCAAAACAAUGUUCGACACGGAUAUGGACUAAUGACUUAUCAGGAUAGGUAUUACAUUGGGUUUUGGAAUAAUGAUAGAAAGCAUGGGUUCGGUAAGGAGGUAUUAGACAAAGGGGAUUAAUAUGAAGGUUAGUUUGAAGAUGGAAAACCUCAUGGUGAAGGUACCUUGGAAACUGCAAAUGGGGUUUAUUCAGGUUAGUGGGUCUAGGGAAUUAAAUAGGGUUAUGGGAGAUGGAGAGGGAAAAACAAAGAGAUUUAUGCAGGAGAAUGGAAAUUCAAUAAGGCAAACGGAUAUGGAAGAUAUGAUUAUUAAGAUGGAGGGUGGUAUGAAGGUGAGUUCAAGAAUUAUCUUAAAUAUGGUAAAGGAAAAGAAAGUUAUGCCAAUGGAGAUUUUUAUGAUGGGGAAUUUAUUAAUGAUAAACCUGAUGGAUUUGGAGUAUAUAGAUGGGCUGAUGGUUCUUCUUAUCAUGGUACAUUUUGUAGUGGAGUCAGACAUGGUAAAGGCUAUUGGUUAAAGAAUGGAGAUCCUCAGAAUCACGAGAGUUAUGAUGGGGAAUAUGUUAACGAUUUGAAAUCAGGACAUGGUGUAUAUAGAUGGCCAAGUGGAAAUGUGUAUGAGGGGGAAUUCUUCAAUGAUCAUAGACAUGGAUUAGGAGAAAUGAGAUGGGUGGAUGGCUCCUUUUAUAAAGGUUAAUUUCACAAUGGAUAAAUGUGUGGCCAGGGGGAAUUGAAAAGAAACAAUAAACCAAUUAUUUAUGGUUACUUUGAAAACAACAAACUAGUUAGAGAAUAAAAAAAGAAGUAAAUUCCUAAAACCAUGAAUCAGAGUUAAAACAAUAGUUAUGAUGGCAAAAGGAAUUAUUUUUCGCUUCAUCAAUCUUUUAAUCAAUUUUAGAAUGCCUAACAAAUUCAAAAAUUUCAUUUUAAAUCUGAAUCCAUUGAACCCAUUAUUAGAUAAUUCAAAAGGGAUUGCAAUACUUCUAUUGAUGACAUGCAUAAGAGUGAAAAUCAAGCCAAUUAAAAUAGUUUUAAAAUUUCAAUUGAUUUAGAUGAUUCUUAAGGAAUGAAUAAUUAACCCAAAUUCAAAUCAUUAAAUACUACAAGUCGUGCUUUUUAAAAUCAACAGGAGAGUUUAUUAUCAGUUACAAAUAGAACCUAAGCAACAAAGAAAGUUAUCAUUGAUAGUGUUAAAUUUAAGAGAAAUUAAAUCUCUUUUCGACUCUAAUCAUUAAACCAAUCUACUAGAUAAACACAAAAUUCUCUACCAAAAUAAGGAGCGAACUGA